AUGUCUGGCUAUUCACGCCACAAUCAUGGGCACGAUCCUUAUAUCGAUUAUGCUGCUCAAUCCGAAGAACAUCCAGAGCGCGUUUACGGGUCGCAUCACCUCGAGCUCCAACAAGUUGGUACGCCAGGUCUCGAAUCUCUUCAUCUUGGAGCGCAUCAUCAACAACAGCAGCAACAGCAACAGCACCACCAUCAAGUAUUGCUAGAUCCACACAGCAUGGCCCACCACCAAUCGCCUCAAUAUGGCGGUGGGCAGCAAAUGAGAUAUAUAGGUGCACCAAUGCAGCAAGCAUCUAGUGUAGGGAAAAGACCGAGAGCUCAUGAUGAGUUGGGUAUGGGGAUGGGAGGAGUGUCGGGGGGCCACAUGCAUGGGCAGAUGCAAGGCAUGUCUUCACAAAUGUCUCAGCAGCAAACGAUGGGUGGUUAUGGUGGUGGACCUCAAGCUUUUCAUAGCCAUGCAUUGCCAAAUCAAGGACCUCGAGGCGCAAAAUUUCCUCGUCUUGGUGAAGCGCCAGAGUCGAGUAUGAUGUCGCAAGGUGCGCCUAGUGUAGUCGGCACUGCCGGAAUGCCUAUGCCUGCUGCAAGACCACGGGGUCCAAAGUUGAAGUUUACUCCAGAAGAUGACCAGUUACUGGUGGAUUUGAAGGAAAAUAAAUCUUUGACUUGGAAACAAAUUGCCGAAUUUUUUCCAGGGCGUUCUUCGGGGACAUUACAGGUUCGGUAUUGCACAAAGUUGAAGGCUAAGACUACUCAGUGGACUGACGAAACGGUUCAAAAACUUCGAACAGCGGUCCAUGAUUACGAGCAAGAAAAAUGGCGCAUCGUGGCCCAAAAAGUCGGGACUGGAUUCACAUCUACGGCUUGUAAAGAUAAAUGGACUGAACUUAUGCACCCCGAUGAUUCCGAAUUACAAUCACCAGAACCGGAAGACUUGCCUGAAGAUGCUGAAUAUUAG